GCAGCCUGGAUACUAGAGCCUGAUAUCACGCCCCUAUUCGAGGCGAAAUAUGGGAAAGGGCGCCUCCGCGCACGCACCUACCCCCUCAUCGUGGAGAACGUCCCCUUUACUUGCUCACCUGACAACCAAGAGACCCUCCGCUACGCGGAAUCAACUAACGAUCAGCCCGCUAACUCCUUCACAGCAGCCUGGUUCCUUCGCGACGUGGCAGACCGGUUCGAAGGCCAACGGACGGGCCACGUCAUGCUACAGGUAAAGAGCAAGGAGGCAGGUAAUGCCAUCCUGAGGAACGGCCUGGUGCUCGACGGCAGGCGCUGCUUCGUGCGCAAGUCCGUGCCGGAGCCACCCCGCUGCCUCAAAUGCCAAUCGUUCAAAGGUAACCACCGCGCAGCCACCUGCCCCUCCUCGGUGGACGUGUGCGCGAAGUGCGGAGGCCCGCACCGCACGCGAGAAUGCGAGGUCACCAGACCUGAGGAUAAGUUUUGUAUCAACUGCUCAGUCGCAGGCCACGCGGCCUCCGACCGGGCUUGCCCCACCUUCAUCGCCCUGCGAGAGAAACACCAGGUUCGCAACCUGGAAGCGCGCUACCGGUACUUCCCAACGGAAGACCCGCUGACCUGGGAGCUGGUGGACACACCACCCUCGCAGCCGCACGCCCCCUCGCAGGCCCCAGCGCCCAGGCCGUCGGCCCCGAGUGCUAAAGGCCAGAACCGCCCCGCUGCCAAGCCCCAGCAGCCCACGCGCCCACGGGACAACGGGUGGCCAACCCGCCGCCGCAACUCCGGCACCCAGGGCGGCGGUGACCUCCCGUCGCUCUGGAGUGCCCAGGCCCAGCUGCAACCCCCCAAGACGCUCCGGGACGCGUCCCUC